AUUUAAAGUUUGAAUAUUCGAUAAUCUCGAAUAUCGAUAAACUUGUCAUUAUCGUUGGCAAAUGGCAAUCGAUAUUGAUCGAUAUUCUCGCCACGACUAGAAUUCGAGCUGUCAAAUGGAAGUGUUUUUUUCGCCAUUUCAACUGUUGGAAAGAUAUUUUACGAUUCACAAACUGUCACGAGAGCGACAGGAAAAGAAAGAAAAGAAGUUUGGCAUUUGAUUGACUUGUAAUUAUACGCGCGAGAUGCGUUGGUGGCACGCGACACGCACGAUUAAACGAGUUUUAUUGCGACGGAAAUUAGGUUAUGUCCCGAGCAUCGGCAAAUAAAGCGACGGAACUCCGCUACGACGGAACGCGCGUUAAUCCCUGGCAUUCUCUCGUGGCGUGUAAAAUUAUCCAAUGGCUCGGCCCUCCAUAUCGGCGCAAUGCGACUUGGUCGCGUCUUACAUGGACGGGGUCCACGUCAAGAUUGCGGAGGCCUACAAACCACCGAGGAAGAUCGGCCUUCCCGUGGCGUAUAACAACCGUUUGCCAGAUGUGUCGAAGUUGAUGUACGACUUCACCCUAGAGAAAUCUGUGCUCGAAAAGAUGUGCGAGUGGCGCAAGGCUAGACAGGCUUACAGCAAGGCACGCCAGACUCGAUUAAAGGAGAAGAGGAAGAAGGAAAAGGAGGAGACACCUCCGUCACCUCCACCACUGGAUUGUGUGAAACAGUCACCGGUCAAUGCACCACCUGCACCUGAAACGACAAUACUCACACCACAGCCAUUGUCACCACCGGCGAAUGACGACCUUCAGGAUCAUGCGAAGACCAAUGGGGGUCUAGACUAUGCUGACUUCGAUAAUGACACGAGCAGCCCGUUCGACAAUAUGGAACUGAAAACUAUUAAUGAUAUGGAGGAAUUAGCUCAGGUUUUACAACCUCGAUCGCAAUGGAUACCUGCAGGAAAACUGGAGAAUAUUAUAAACGAACUAACGAUUGACGAUACGUCUGAGAUUUCCAAAGAAGAAGCUGACACGGAGAGUCCAAUGGACGACGAUGGCGAUAUGGACGCGUACAACAUCGAGAAUCAUCGCAGUGUCUCGACAAUAAUGCAAGAACUUCAAAAGGAGCUGGAACGGCCUGUCAUGGAGAAUUGGAAGCCAUGGCCCGAUCUGGAGAGUCCGGACGGCGAUGUGACACACAUAAUCCCGAGACAUGAGGAUUCAUCGACGUCGUCAUCGAGUCACACGAAAUCGCCAACAGACCUGCUGUCAGGCAUGACGGAAGAUGAUCUAAAGUUAGUCGCGCAACUGAGUGACAUGGGAUUUCCCAAAUGCAGGGCGGCACGUGCGGUACUGGAGCUGGGUCGAGCGCACGAGAAGAAGAUCGUCGAGUACUUGUUAGCCGUCCAAUCCCUAGAAGAGACUGGCGUCCCGAGUGACUACGCCGAAGCAGCGCUGACACUCGCGCAGCACGAUCAGUCUAAGGCGAGGAUCUACUACAAAAAUUUAUGCACCUUGAAGGACCUGGGAUUUCCCGAGGCCGAGGCAUCUGCGGCAUUGGUCAAGUGUAACUUCGAUCGCGACAAAGCGUUAGAUCUUUUGAUCGCUUGAGCGGGCGAGCAAAAUCCCCUGUCAGAGUAUGCGAGAGGCCGUCAGAUUAUUUUUUUGCAAUUCAAUUUUAAUGCGUAGCAAAACUGGAAUUUUUAUAUAUUGCGUGGAAGGUACAUCGAACCACACACGCAAUUGCAAAUGUAUAUUUUGAUAAAAAGAAAAAGACAGUGUUUAUCAGUGAGACUAGUCUUGAAUAAUAGGAUACCUUAAGGAAGCUACACGGCGAAUACGAUAUUGUAAUAAUUUAACUCGAGGUGAUGUCGAUAUAUAAUUUGAAUUCCUACUGGGCAUUAUCGAAUAGUCGCUUACAAUGGUCACGAUGCUGCGAAAUAAAUUACAAUUGCAACAAA